CGGCGCGGAAAGGGUGCGCAGCCCGGAGGCGGGUGCGCCGGCGGGUGCAGCGGAAGAGGGGUCCAGGGGGGCCAACUUCGUAGCAGUCAUCCUUUUUAGGAAAAGAGGGAAAAAAUAAAACCCGCCCCCCCGCCCCCCGCCGCUCCCGACCCGGGCCGCACCACACACGGCGGCGCGGGCUGCUCGCGCUUGCCGGCGCCUUGUGCCUUCAUUGAUCGGCCGCUCUUUCGGGAAAACGCGUCGGCUGCUCCGACUUGAAUCCGAAGAGGAUCCCGCCCCGGCCGGGCCCCGCCGGCGCCCCCUCCCCGCACGCCCCCGGGGACAGAGUCCGCGCCGCGCGCCGGUGUCAGUGGCCGAGGGGCAGCCCGGACUUGGGCGAAGGGCGACCGCGGAACGCUCGAUUGAUCCGCCGCCGCCGCCUGCUCGCGUGCUCCCGGGGCUCCGGCCGCGACUGCUGCGGAUUGACGUUCUGGGAAGCAGAGAUCUGGGGAGGGGAGGGGGAAUCGAUCUCGCAAUCCUCUCGGUGUCUACACCCCCGCCCUCCCGCCUCCUGAUUCAUUCGGAAGUUUCCAAGCGGCCGCUCGCCCCGGAGUUCUGAAGAUGGAUGCGAUCUUUGCCUUACGCUUUGCUUUUGGUUUUUACAAAAAAGGAACCCGGACAGGGGGUCAGGCUGUCCUUUAAGAAUACAACAUCACGGAGGACGGAGACUGACGUUAAGAAUCGCAACGAUAAUGUGCCUCGUGGAAUAAAGAUCCGGACGGAAUCUGAAUAAGAAUUUCCUGCGCCCGCUGCCAGCGGGGAAACACCAGAGUCGAGCGUUCCGCGUGACUGAAGCCACCCCCUUGCCGGAGAAUGCGGCGCGCGCCCGGGAACGCGGCGGGGUUCUGAGCGUCCUGCUCUCCGGCGGGCCCGUGAGGCGGGACCGGGCGACGGGGACCGCGCGCCGGAGGGAAGGAUGGCGCACGCCGGGAGAACAGGGUACGACAACCGGGAGAUCGUGAUGAAGUACAUCCACUAUAAGCUGGCCCAGAGGGGCUACGAGUGGGACGCGGGCGACGCGGGUGCCGCCCCCGCACCGGGCGUCUUCUCCUCCCAGCCCGCGCGCACCCCCGCGCCCGCAUCGAGCCGGGACGCGGCCGCCCGGACCUCGCCACCGCAGCCGCCGCCGCAGCCGCCGCCGCCUCCCCCGGCCGCGGGGCCCGCGCUCAGCCCCGUGCCACCUGUGGUCCACCUGACCCUCCGCCAGGCCGGCGACGACUUCUCCCGGCGCUACCGCCGCGACUUCGCCGAGAUGUCCAGCCAGCUGCACCUGACCCCCUUCACCGCGAGGGGACGCUUUGCCACGGUGGUGGAGGAGCUCUUCAGGGACGGGGUGAACUGGGGGAGGAUUGUGGCCUUCUUUGAGUUCGGUGGGGUCAUGUGUGUGGAGAGCGUCAACCGGGAGAUGUCGCCCCUGGUGGACAACAUCGCCCUGUGGAUGACUGAGUACCUGAACCGGCACCUGCACACCUGGAUCCAGGAUAAUGGAGGCUGGGACGCCUUCGUGGAGCUGUAUGGCCCCAGCGUGCGGCCUCUGUCGGACUUCUCCUGGGUAUCCCUGAAGACUCUGCUCAGCCUGGCCCUGGUGGGAGCAUGUAUCACCCUGGGCGCCUACCUGGGCCACAAGUGAAGUCACCAGGCCUGCUCCCCACCUCCCAACAAAUAUGCAAAAGGCUCACUAAAGCAGUAGACAUAAUAUGCAUUGCCAGUGAUGCAUCAAGAACCCAAGUUGGGUCUGCAAAACCAACAUGAGCAAGCCCCGCGUGUACACAAGACAGUGUCCAGGCAAAAGGUCCAAUCAGCUAUUUACUGCCAAAGGGAAAUAGCAUUUAUUUUUUACACUUGGAAAAAAAAAAAAGAUUUAUUUAUUUAAAACAGUCCCGUCCAAACUCCUGUCUAACUCAAGUGGGCCAGAAGUGCCCCAUGUACUUCCGGCUGAGUGCCUCCCCCUGCCCAGGCACGUGGCUUUCUUGUCUGUUGUCUUGGCUGCACGGGCGCACCAUCUGAAGAACAAGAGUGCAGGCUCAGUGCUCGACGCUGGCAAGCCAGCCCCCUUGGACUCCACUAGGCCAGGAGGAUGGUGGUUUUUUAAGCCACGUUUACCUGCCCCAGGGCGGGGGGGUGGGCUGGGACCUGAAUUGGGAAAUCCUUGUUUCCCUGGCCUGAAGAACUGACACUUGGCCUGUGACUUACAUGGUACAGAUCUAGUUGCAGGAAAAAAAAAAUACAAAACCCACCCUGGAACUUCAGAUGGGCGUGGCCCCUGCUGCAAUACCCAUGUCCAAGGACUGCGAGGGGAGCACAAUGCCCUUAAACCACAGAGAAGUAUUUUUUUAAGCUACCGAUUGUGCCAAGAAGUAUCAAGCAGCAUUUUAGCAAUGUAUACCACAUCAACCAGUACCUUAAACCCUGAUUGUGUAUAUUGAUCUAUUUUGGAUACACAGUCCCCCAUGCCCAGGACUGGCUGGGGCUGAGCAAGAAGCAGAAUCCUCUGUAAUUGAAGGCAGUGGCUUGAGCACAGGAAGGCUGGAGCUCCCCAGAGCGCCAGGCUGCUGCAAGUGCCUGCACCCAGCAAACUCACGUCUGGAGAAACUGCCCUGUGUCCGGCUCCGCCUCAGCCCUGGCACUGCACCUGGUGCUUGUGGGCUCCUCCGCAGGCUUUACAGCAGAGUGCCGUGGUCCUUGGGCAUCUGGAAGCUGAUGGAGCUCAGACGUCCAGUGUCAAAGAAAGCAAUAGUAGGACUUGGUCCUGGGCCUGUUAACGCCUGCAGACGGGCAGGCAGGCCUGUCCUCAUGUGGAAUGGUGGAGCCCCAAGGGCCACAGCUCCCCCUGAAAACUGCAUCACUGUGGUGGACAGGAAAGGGGGCACUGGGUCUCUCCCCGCAGAGAGAGACUGAACAGCUGCUCCCUAAAUGGGGUGUGAGGAAAGAGGAAGGAGGUGGCCUGUCGCAGCCAAGGCGCACAUGUGUUGGCUGCACAGCCAUGGGCCUGUCUGUGCAGUCAAAAGCCAGGCUGCAGAAGCCUUUGGGGAGAGUCAUAAAUCCUCAAGGCAGCGUUGAAAUGAGAGGUCAUGAAUUCACUGACCCUUGUCUAUGGAAUUAACAUGUAAAACAUUAUCUUGUCAUUGUAGUUUGUUUUUAUUUGAAAACCUGAUAGAACAACAACCAAAAAAAGUUCCAGGUGUGGAACAUGAGGAGCUUAUUUGUGUAUCCUGGGGCAUUAACCAGAAAGAAAAACCAGUGGUGGGAAACUGUAGGGAAGUAGCAGAAGUGAGGUCUCUGGUAAUAAACCACCACAUCUCUUCCCAAGCUUAGAAUCAGCCUUGAGACAUUCAUGGCAUAACUUUGUGGCAUUACUGCAUUAUAGUCCACUUAUCUGUAUUCACUUUGGAAUGUACUAUGUUCAGUGUUUGAUGCUGUGGUUGCUAUUCUGAAGGCUGCUUUUUCAAGACAUACAGGCAUCUCAGCAUUUUCUGAAAUCAUGGAAUUUAGUUAUGGCCUCCACAUUAUGUGUUAACAGAAACAAUCAUUUUCCACUCAAUAUGUUUGUCUCCUGUUUCCGAGAAGGGGGGCUGAGCCCUGAACCAUGGCUAUCUGGGCAAGCCUCGGUUUGGCUAACCACAGGGCCACUUUGUUUUAACCAAGUUGCUUGCCAUCUCCAUGCCCACGUAGGGCCAUGGAUGCAUCUGUUGUCCCUUUGCCCUGCGUCUUGAAGGGUUACUUGGCCCUGGACAAGUUGGCAUCUUACUCACAUAAUUUGGGAUUCUGUGCAUGGGUGUUUAAGCCCAUGAGGUUCAAAUGGUUGAAAAUCUGGGCAGGGAAUGACCAAAUGGAUUAGCAUCUGGCUCUGCUGGUUGGCCCUUAGGGAGUUACUUUACACAACCUGCUUUGCCACAGACCCACCCAAAGCCCUGCGCCCCGCCCCCCAUGGGUUCCAUGGCUGCCCCUUGGGGAGGAGGCCCCCCGAAGGUGGUAGUGUGGGUGGUCACCUCCCUGGGAAAGCAAGAAACUUGCACUUCAGACCUCCCUGGUGGGCCUCAGGAAACGGGACAAUCAGACCUUUAAAUGCUUCUAAUUUUUAAGCAAAAUAUUAUCUCCAUGAAAGGUUUACAUUUUCGGAGUGAUGAAUAUGGAGUAUCAAGUCCGGUGCUGCUAUCCUGCCAGAAUCAUGUCCACGGAGUUGGCAUGCCGUACACUCCAAGCUGCUUCAAACGUCACAAUCAAGGACAACACGGAUGGUUUCCAUACCAGAAAGCCUGCUUGUUUUUUGUAGUUUUUGUUCUUGUUGUUCAAAUUGGGAUUUGCAGAGUAUCUUAAAAAAAGAAACAAAAAACUUGUAUGUAUAUAUUUUAUAUAUAUAUAUAAAUAUCAGUAGACUGAUCAAGGUGGGGCCACCCCUUACCAUGGGCUUGGUUAUCUGGUUCCCCAGUAAAUGCCCUAUGCAUCCUGUGGCAGCACUCACUCCACAGGUGUUCAUACUGCAUUUGUCUUGUUGUUAAAAACACCCUAGAAAAAAAUGAAUGUACAUAAAAGCCUCAGCUACGCUUUCUUUUUUGCUUCCUUCUCAUCUUCCAACUGGGCAACAGAGAACCAGACUCAAGUAUUUUGUGUUGCAGGCUGAUACACACCAGGACCUUAACGCACGAAAACCAGUCCUCUGUUGCCCAGGGUCUGAGUGAGAACUCCUAGCUCUAAAAAGAACCCAUGGGGCAAAGAGCAUUCUAGAAUUUCCCUGGUCCACCCUAACUGGCUUGCAAACAGCUCAUCCUGAUCUGUGUAGGUUUCGGAUUUGGAUUAAAGUCCCAUUUAGAAUUGAGAAAGGACCUUGUUACAGUUCCUGCAAACCCUCCUGGAACUGUGGCCCCAACUCUCUAGAUCUCUGAAUGUUCAGGCCUGGCUUUGACCUGUGUACUUCAGUUCAUUAGGAAAUGCUUAGUACCACCACUUAAAGACCUAGGCCUGGUCCUGUGUGGGGAGAGCAGCAGGAGAUGAUAAAUCAGAGGGGUGAUUUAUAAGGAUCAGGACUGUGUAAAUCGAUAGGGCAAUCCCAACACAUGUCUAGCUUUCACAUCAGAACUGCAAAUAGUAUAUAUUUGUAAAGCUAUACUAAAACAAAUACUUUAUAAAUGUGAACUUAAACUCUAAUUCCAGCUGUCCUUUGAAGUCAAUGACUGUUCUCAUACUUUCUUAUCACUUAUAGUUAGUAACAUACACCUCCUCUAUCAGAAAAAAACAGGAAGGACUUGAAAUAUAAGCUGUCCCAAGGAAAUUAGGGGAUUCAGUUGAAAUCCUAUUCUGAUCUGACUCUGUCUUUUGCAAGCCAGACAAAUGUGGUUACACACUUUUUAAGAAAUACAAUUCUACAUUGUCGGGCUUAUGAAGGUUCCAAUCAGAUCUUUAUUGUUAUUUAAUUUGGAUCUUUCAGGGAUUUUGUUUUUAAAUUUCUAUGGGACAAAGGACAUUUGUUGUGGGAGGUAGAGUGUAGUGAGAAGAUUUUUUAAAUGAGUAAAAUAUUCCCCAGAUUGGAUCAGGGAAUGGAGGUUUUCAGAGGGGCCAGGUCAGUUGAAGGGACCUUUAAGAGGGUCUGCGGAACUCUUCCAUAAAGGCGCUCCUGGAAGAAAUGAGAAACAUUCUGUAAGAUACUGGCACAGCUCAAAGGCCAGCUCAGCUUGGCGGAGCAGCGUGGUGCAAAGUUCAAGCUGGAGACACGUGAUGCGUAUGUAGGCAGUCAGUUUGCAGUUUGAACCAACAGGAUUUGGUUCAUUGCCAACCUUCUAGUUAGUGGGAAGAUCUGGUUUUUUUUUUUUCCUUUCUUCGUUGUUUAUUAUGCAUGAUACAGAAAAUAAAGUUGAACAAAACAAUGGAAAACUUAGCUGGGUAAGUAUGAAGUCCCUUAACCUUACCCAACAAAUCAUUCUGUUCUGUGCCUUUGGGACAUCCAUGAUCUAGGACAAACAUGAAAUACACAUCUCGGCAUGAAAAAUACCAGAUGGAAUGUACACGGUACUGCAGCACACUCACAUGGCUAUUCCAGGAAGAUAACCUGAACCCAAAUUUCUAUUGUUAGCCGCCUAGUUCUGUAUAUCAUGCUCAGUACCCUCUGUCCAGCACUCGUUUAAGAUGAAGCAUCAAUAACUACAGCUGGUGUAGGCCCUCCAGAAUGCCAUACAACUGGACAGUUUGGCACAUCUGCUCUGGGCCCUGAAUCUAGCGCGUGUUAAGUUUUGCCCUCCAAGGUAGCAUUUAAAGGAGUGAUGGCUGAUCCCGUCUCCUUUGGGGGAGCUUCCUUCUGGUGGUUGUGUCUUUAAGUUUUAAACCAAGUUUUGCUUUUGUUUUUGAGUUACCAGGGUUAUUUUUGUUUUAAAUAAAAUAAGUGUAGAAUAUGUAUUUUUGUAUUGAAAGCUUUUGUUAUCAAGAUUCUUCAUACUUUGGACCUUCCAUAGUUAUUUUUAAAAUGGAUCAUUCUUCGGGGUGGCCAAUAGCCUGAAAUGCUGUAGACACCAAAAAUAUAUGAUAAGCAUACUUUACACAGUUAAGGUAAAGUACGUCUCCAGUCAGCCACCAUGAAACAUAAUGGCACUUUGUGUUGUUGGAAAAAGUCACACAGCCAUUAACUUUUUCUUGUCUGUCCAGUUAAUUUUGUGAAGAAAAAUAAAGUACAGUGUGAGA